AAGCCAAGCCAGGGCAAUUCUGUAUUCCGCCCCCGUCGCGGAGGUGCCGAGUGAAGCCUGGGACUCUGUGAGUCUUGGUCCAGCCUUUGCAGCUCUGGGUGUGAGUCAGGGGGUACUGGGUUAUUGAUUCCAGGGAAGACGAGGAUCCAAGGCUGUGCCGCUGUGUUGUCCACCUCUCAUUCCCCGGCAUCAAGGCUCUUGAGCCCCAGGGUGAUUUUUUUCCUUGUCCCCGCCACCUCCUGGUCCCUGGCCCAACAUGAUACUGACCAAAGCCCAGUACGACGAGAUAGCCCAGUGCCUAGUGUCUGUGCCGCCCACCAGGCAGAGCCUGAGGAAGCUGAAGCAGAGGUUUCCCAGUCAAUCGCAGGCCACUCUGCUGAGCAUCUUCUCCCAGGAGUACCAGAAGCAUAUUAAGAGGACACAUGCCAAACAUCAUACUUCAGAAGCAAUUGAAAGUUAUUACCAGAGGUACCUGAAUGGAGUGGUGAAAAAUGGAGCUGCCCCAGUGCUUCUGGAGCUGGCCAAUGAGGUGGACUACGCACCCUCAUUAAUGGCUCGGCUUAUACUAGAGAGGUUUCUGCAGGAACACGAGGAAACUCCACCCUCCAAGUCUGUUAUAAAUAGUCUGCUACGGGACCCUUCUCAGAUUCCAGAUGGAGUUCUAGCAAAUCAGGUCUAUCAGUGCGUUGUGAAUGACUGCUGUUAUGGACCACUGGUGGACUGCAUCAAGCAUGCCAUUGGCUAUGAGCACGAGGUCCUGCUGAGAGAGUUGCUUCUAGAGAAAAACCUGUCCUUCCUAGAUGAAGAUCAGCUCCGUGCAAAGGGUUAUGACAAAACGCCAGACUUUAUCUUACAAGUUCCAGUUGCUGUGGAAGGGCACAUAAUUCACUGGAUUGAAAGCAAAGCCUCAUUUGGUGAUGAAUGUAGCCACCACGCCUACCUGCAUGACCAGUUCUGGAGCUACUGGAAUAGGUUUACACAAGGAGAAUAUAAUUUAUUUGGGCCAGGCUUAGUCAUCUACUGGUAUGGAUUUAUCCAGGAGCUGGACUGUAACCGGGAGAGGGGCAUCCUGCUCAAAGCCUGUUUCCCCACGGACAUCGUCACCUUAGGCCACAGUGUAGCUUGACCCUGAAGAUCCUGGAAAAGGAGCUGGGAGGAAAAGGUGAAUCCGGAAGCAAUUUUACUUUCCUGCAGCGUAAACUCCUGGCAACAUCUGCCCUGAACUUGGGCUGAACUCUUGCUGCCUGUGGUCACACCACUACCUCUUUAGACAAACAUAUCAAGAGUUUCUGUUUUCCUUCAUCCCUUGCUGAUGUGAACAGCCAAGAACUACAGACACAGCCCACUCACUAUCAGCAUUUCUGUCCCUGUCAAACAGUUAGUUUAUAGAUAGUCAUAAUCUUUCUUUCUUCCGGAUGGUUCCUCUUUGUAUGCCGAACAAAAGAAAAAAUGCGAAGGCUGAAAGGUGUGAUUUUUCAAUUCUCCUCCCAGUUACCAAAUCACUCUCUUAUUUUUUUCUUUUUUCAAUGUCCCUAUUCAUUCCCUCUCCCUUGCUCUUCGUGUGCACUCACGGAGAGCCAGUGUCACAUUGCUGUCACGGAAUAAUCUAGCACAAACCUAGAAAAGCUGAAGGCGCAAAGUCUGGAACUAAAUUUUCACAGCCACCUGCAGCCUGUGCUGUGUACGUGUUUUUGUCCAGUCUCUAUGGUUUCCUGACUUCUGUGACGUUAGGCCAAGCUGCAGAAGUAUACCUGGUGAGAAUUUCUUCUUUUUAUAAUGCUUAUUUGAAUGCCAAACCUUUUACACUUAUCUCACUUAAAAGUAUUAAUCGCUUUGUGCUGGGAAACCACACUCAGACGGGGGGCUGAGAGGAGAGGACUGAAACUCAUUUCCAGCACCGACAAGCAUUUAUCUUGAAACACGGCUGGUUUGGGGGAGACAUGUGAGCCAGUAUUUUUAGGAGUAAACUUUUUAAAGACACAUUUCGUACAUCACUUUGUAUAUGCAUUUUUAUACCACGUAAUUAUAUAACACUCAAGUAAUUUAGGCGUUAGAAAUGUUCAGGUUUGAACGAACUAAGUACUAGAAAUCAACCUAGAGCAAUUUUUAAACAAGCAAAAUAAAGGAGAUUUUUGUAUUUGUUUACUUUAAUAUAUUCGUUUUUAUGUACUACGAACCAGAUUUCAGUCUAAAGCAAAACAUCAAUAAAUUAAUGAUAAACCUAUCUUCUAAGAAGUUAAAAGUUGAUCUGUACCAAAAAUGUGUUUAGAAAAAUAUUUUCUCCUUUGCUGACAAAAUAUAACUUUUAUAAUGUUAGAAUAGGUGAUUUUGGAAAUAUUAUUAACAAUGUAACUUCUGCAAAUAGUUUUAAGUUAUAUAUAUUGCUUGGUUCUUUCAAAGAUUAAAUAAAUCAUUUGUACUUUGUUCAUUUUGUACCUAAGAAGGUUUGCAAAAAACAUGCUGGCUACCUUUUCUUUUAAAGAAUACAUGUCAGAGCCAAAUGUGUGGAUUUUAAUUCUGUAGUUAGCUUCAUUAAAUCAGAAGAGAGGAAGAAGAAGAUGAAGUGAUCAGAAAGUACCCGGCAAACUUCUGUUUUAGCAUUAAAUUCAUCAUGCAGAUUUUGUGAGUGAAAUUCAAUGAUUUAAAACCAUUACUUUGUUGCCUCGAAACACACGUUAAACAAAAAUGGUGUUAUAACCGGGUUUCAUGGCAUGCUCUAACCUGCUUUUUCUUCUUAAGGAAUAAAUUACAUGUAUCUGCACAGAUGUUGAAAAUCCUGUUAAACCCUUGUCAAAGAUUUGUUUGUUUUACAUUAAACAAAUUUAUGAUGAGUGUGCACAAAUAAAUUAAAAAAGUAAAAAGGU